CCCCCUCUAUCUAUCUAUAUAUAUAUAUAUAUAUAUGUACAAAGCUUCAUGAGAUUCUGAAGGAUAAGGCAGCCUAAUUCCCGAAGCCCAACAGAAACAAUGAAUUCAGGCUUAUUCUGGACUGUGUUUAGGGAAAGAGUUGAUCUCCUGAUUGGGCUAAAUGCUGAUCAACUUAAAGUCCAACUGACCCCCAACAAAAACACAGUCCUUCACGUCGCAGCUCAAUACGGCAAAACACAGUGUGUGAAGGAGAUCUUACAGAAGUGCGGUCGAUCACUGAUUUGUUCAGUGAAUAUCAAAGGUGAGACUUCACUACACAUUUCAGCAAGGGAAGGUCACACCGACAUAGUACAAGCACUCAUUGAAUAUGCGAAAACAGAAAGCGACGAAGACGACCUAGAAAGCGGGACUAGAGUUACCAAGGAGAUCCUGCUGAGGAUGAGGAAUGUAGAGGGUGACACGGCCUUGUUCGGAGCUGUGCGUAAUAAUCAUCGUGAUGUGGUUGAGAUUCUGACUACAGAAGACCCUCAAUUUUUGCAUUUUCCCAAUAAUGCCACGGAGAGUCCACUUUACUUGGCCGCUGAGAGAGAUUAUCUAGUUAUUGUGUCUGAAAUUCGGAAUAAUUGCAUUUCACCGGUUUACAUUGGUCCAAAUGUAAGAACAGCUACGCACGCGGCAACGAUUCGCCGUAACAAAGAAUGCAUAAAAUUUUUACACGAUUGGAAGUCAUCACUAACCAAGGAAGAAGAUGUAUUUGGAUGGAGACCACUUCACUACGCUGCAUGGCAUGGCGAUGUAUCGGUGGUUGAACAACUCCUUGAUCUAGAUAAAUCCGUGGUGUACCUCGGUGCUGACAAUAACAAUAUGACGCCUUUUCACAUAGCAGCUAGUCAAGGUCACAUCGAUGUUAUGAAAAAGCUUUUAUUUACAUGUCCAGAUUGUUGGGAAAUGACCAACAGUAAAGGCCAAAAUAUCCUUCACAUUGCAAUAGAGUAUUACCAAAAUAAUGUAAUCUGUUUUUUCCUGCAAUAUUCCUCCAUACUCGGAAGCCUUCUAAAUCAGAAAGACAUGGAUGGAAACACACCUUAUCAUCUGUAUUCUGCUAAAACUGGGGAACGGAUUUACGAAUUUGUUUAUCACAGUAGAGUGGAUCAUAUGGCUGUCAACAACAAAAACAUGACUCCAUUCGAAGCAGUAACCACUGACAUGAAUCCAUCCCAGGUAGCAUCCUAUGGUUGUCGAAGCAGAUUUAAAUUGCGCACAAACAAUGUCCCCGAGAAAGUAGAAAGAGACCUAACAAAAAUUGCGGACAUCCAAAUGAUAGUGGCCACACUUAUAGCGACCGUAACCUUUGCAGCUGGUUUCACCAUACCAGGUGGCUACGAUGGCAACGACGGGCCAAGUCAAGGCAUGGCAGUUUUAGUAAGACAAACAGCUUUUAAAGCAUUUGUUCUGGCAGAUACUAUUGCUAUGGUCUUCUCCAUUAUCGCUGUAUUUCUCCUCUUUUUCGCAUCAAGUUAUAAAGAUCCGAAUAAGCGUAGUAAUCGCCAAGCCAUUGCUUUUGUGCUCACUGUAGCUGCUAUGGGAGCAAUGGUGGUAACAUUUAUGACUGGCUAUUAUGUUGUAUUAGUGCAUUCGUUGGGUCUUGCAAUCACUGUAUGCGUCAUUUGUUGCGUUUUCUUUCCCAUUUUUUAUUAUGUAUUAAAGAAACAGUGGAGUGACACUUUUGGGCCCUAAUUUUUCCUACAACACCAUUGUAGGAGAAUGUUUCCAUAAAUAAUGUAUAUAAAGAUGUUUGUGAAAGGGAGGUGAUAUUCGCACUUUCCUUCUUUAUAUUUUA